AUGACUAGGUCUGAGUUGUGGUUUGCCGAUUCUUCAGAGGAGGAUGAAAGCUUACUGGAAUUGGCUAGAAAUAGAAAGAAGCUAAGGGACGCUUCCACUCCUUUGGAAUUGGAUUCCGCUACAUUUAUAAAAAACUUCCGUUUGUCGAAAGAGGCGUUUGUUGAUUUGCUGUCCGCUACAGAGGAGAUGCUGCAGCGAUGCACACGAGCGAAAUCUAUUCCCAAUAUACUAAAAUUGGCAACAGCUUUACGAUUUUGUGCUCAGGGAUCGUAUCAACUUAGUAUAGGGAAUGAAAACAUGCUUGGACUUGCACAGCCCACGGUGUCUGUGGUACUAUCUGAGGUACUCGAUGCCCUGGAGAAUUUCAUUUGCCAAAGAUGGAUAAAAUUCAAUUAUACCGAGGCUGAAAUGCAAGAAGCAAAAUCACAUUUUUAUAGUAAUACCAGAUUUUCUGGGGACUUUCGGCCUGCAUAAAAUUAACAAAAAUAGUAUAAAUUAAUUAUUUGUUACCAUAAAGCAAUAAAUAAACGCAAAAAACCUACAUUUUCACAAAUUUCCAUUCACUACGCUACGCUGUCGAUAGGUAAAUUCUGUUCGACAGCCAUUUCGAUGCUCAACGAAAAUUUCGACAGGGUUGCAUAGCUCAUAAUACGAAUUUGACAUUCGAUUUUCGAUAGCCAGCGAAUAGCGAAGAUCGAAUGCAACUCAUAAUAGGGGCCUCU